AUGCGUGGCACACAACAGCAGACUGGCUGGGCUAUGCCACUUCCGCACUAUGGCUCGCAAACGAGAGUGGCUGCCGGCUCUGACGGUGGCCAAGUUGUCGACCAAGCUGUGCAGGCAGCGGUCGAUCGACGAGUCCAGCAGCUUAAUCCUGCUGCAGCUGUAUUCCUGCCGCGAGAUACUACCAGCGAAAUGCCCACUACCGCAAUCGCUGCAAAAGACCAGCUUGCAUGUGAUCGGAAUGCGCCACAGUUCAGUCCCCAAACGCAGCCAAGCGGCGAGCGCAGGUACAAUACUAGGCAAGGAAGUGGAUCUGGUCACCAUGAGCCUUCAGGCACAUAUGCACAGGAGCGGCAUGAACCACAGCCUGAUCCUCAGCUUAGCCAACUCCGUUUUCAAUUGCCAGUCUACUACACUCAACCUAGCGAGCUCGGUCGUGACGAUAGUGUCCCCAACCCUCAGCCAGUUCGUCCUCAAAAGCCUCCUCAGGCCCCAUCUCAGACUCUUCGCCAAGUUCGCCAGUCAGCCGCGCCCAAUCUACAACAACAUCCCUCCAGUAGCAUCCCGACCUCAUGUGCGGUCCACAGCAGACUCAACGCUUCCGCCGUCACCGCCACCAACCGUAUACCACGCUUCCCGCUUCGCGUCGGUGACCUCGACCUCGCGCCGCUCCCAGCACUCACACUCCCAGAGCUUGAACACCAUCAAACAGCCCACACCAUCAACGAGCUUGGCCAACUCUACCUGGUCAACCCCCCCGUCGCCCCUCUCCAGUAUGGCAGCUAUCCCACCAGCGAGCCCAACCCGCAAGUCCUCGCAACACGCACCGCCCUCGCCCGCUUCGCAUCGCCGCACUGGACAACCUACCCGCCACACCGCACCAUUCCUCCCCGCCACAACGCUCAGGGUGGUGCGCCCGAGACCCAGCAGCCCUGGCUUCCACCGCACGCCAUGCCGCGCCACCCCGCACUGGCGUACUAUGGGCGCGACCUCAGCGGUGCCACCCACCGGCUGCCGAAGAUGCGGGCUUAUGUGGUAGAGGCGCAGGGCAAUGAGGCGCGAAUCGACGAACGCGACAUCUUCAUGCGCGUGAAUGAUGGCGAGGCGACGGAUCGUGGGUGGGGCCCCGGCGUGCGUGUCCAUCCGGACAUGCUGGUCACGGUGGGCACGGCGACGGAGGUGAUGCAGCGGGUGGUGAUGGAGGGAGAGGCACGGGAGAUGGUGAAGCAGGCGAGAGAGAGGGAGGUGUGGGAGCGGCGUGAGAUGGAGGCGUGCGAGGAGCGAGAGUUGCAGCUGCGGCUGCUGCAGUACCAGCGACAGGAGCACCACUUGCCGCACUGGCCGUACCUGAGCGGAGAGUCACGGGAGUAUCCACAGGGAUUGGAUGGGAUGGUGAGAAUGCAUGGUUGA